AUGAGCGUUCACCGUCCCCUACAGCAGCUCGCCAAGCGCGCAACGACAUCCCAAUGCCUCAAUUUCCAACAGAAAGCUCACCACAAACCGCGGAUAUGGCAACCCCAAGACCGCCAGAUGGCCACAGUAAUACCGCCCGUCACGCAAGAUUCGACAAGCUCGAAAGGUCCUACAGCAAUGGUCUUCAUGAACAUGGGCGGUCCAGCAACUACAGACGAAGUGGGCGACUUCCUCUCCCGCCUCUUCGCUGACGGCGACCUAAUACCCCUCGGCGCUCUGCAAAACUACCUUGGCCCGUUGAUUAGCAGAAGAAGAACGCCGAAGAUCAAGAAGCAAUAUGCAGACAUUGGGGGCGGCAGCCCCAUACGGAAGUGGAGCGAGUAUCAAGCGUCAGAGAUGUGCAAGAUUCUGGACAAGACGAAUCCGGAGACGGCGCCUCACAAGCCGUACGUGGCGUUUCGAUAUGCGAAUCCCUUGACGGAGGAGAUGUAUACUCAAUUACUGGAGGACGGGUUUGGGAAGGGGAAGGGUGGGAGAGCGGUGGCGUUCACACAGUACCCGCAGUAUUCGUGCAGUACGACGGGGAGCUCGCUGAACGAGCUGUGGAAGUGGAGGCAAAGAAUGGAGUCACCAACGCGGAACCCGAAUCUUUCUGCUGCCGAGGCGGAGGGCUCGAUAUUGUGGAGUGUGAUUGAUCGGUGGCCGACGCAUCCUGGACUGGUGGAUGCUUUCGCGGAGAACAUCACCAAGCAGCUCGAGUCGUAUCCGGAGGACGUGCGUGAUAGUGUGGUGCUGCUGUUCAGCGCACACAGUCUGCCUAUGAGCGUGGUGAACCGCGGCGACCCCUACCCUGCUGAGGUGGCGGCGACAGUAUGGGCGGUACAACAACGACUUGGUUUCAAGAACCCAUACAGACUGGUCUGGCAAUCGCAAGUCGGACCCUCGGCAUGGUUGGGCGCACAAACCUCGGACACGGUGAACAACUUCGUCAAAGCAGGUCAAAAGGAUCUCGUACUCAUCCCUAUUGCUUUCACAAGCGACCACAUCGAGACGCUGUACGAGAUUGACCAGGAAGUCAUCCACGAAGCCAACGAACUCGGCGCAGACGGUCGAGUACGGAGAGCAGAGAGCUUGAACGGCAGCCCGACCUUCAUCAAUGCGCUGGCGAAUAUUGCAGGUACGCAUCUGAACAACGGCGAGAUCUGCAGCAGGCAGAUGGGGUUGAGGUGUCCUGGAUGUGUGAAUGAGAGAUGUCUGGCGCAGAAGAAGUUCUUCAUGGGUCAGGGGCAGCAGGCGAACACUGCUACCACGCUGUAA